CUAAGCCUUAGCCUCUCUGCUUUCACACUCUCAUUACUGUGUCUGUCACAUUGACAAACAAUGGCGACAACGACUGUUUCACGGUGUCCAGUCACCGGCGCGGCGGCGAAGAGAUAUCAGCCACAUUUCACCACCUCAAGCAAUAGAAUGCAAUUCGGAAGUAGUAUUAUUAAUUACAGGCCACCGAAGCAAUUACGAAUUGUCAAUGCAGCUGUUAACGACGGUGACGCUGCUGCUGUUUCCUUCGCACAGAACUCCUCUCCACCGCAUCUUCCCGCCGCUGCCUCUAGGACUAGGGCAAAGCGUCACACUAUCUCAGUAUUUGUUGGGGAUGAAUCUGGUAUGAUAAAUCGAAUAGCUGGUGUCUUUGCUCGUCGAGGCUACAAUAUCGAGUCUCUGGCUGUGGGGUUGAACGAGGACAAGGCUCUGUUCACCAUAGUUGUCUCUGGAACAGAAAAGGUUCUGCAACAAGUUGUUGAACAACUCAACAAGCUUGUGAAUGUCUUGAAGGUGGAAGAUUUGUCGAAGGAACCACAAGUAGAACGUGAACUAAUGCUCGUAAAGCUCAAUGCAGAUUCCAGUACUAAAGGCGAAAUCAACUGGUUAUCGAACGUCUUCAGGGGAAACAUCGUAGACAUGUCAGAAAACACUUUGACCAUGGAGGUCACUGGAGACCCUGGAAAGAUGGCAGCAGUCCUGAGAAAUCUCAGUAAGUUUGGCAUCAAAGAACUAGCAAGAACCGGAAAGAUUGCAUUGCGAAGGGAAAAGAUGGGCGAAACAGCUCCAUUUUGGAGGUUUUCUGCAGCUUCUUAUCCAGAUCUUCGGGCAACUAUACCCAUCAAGGAUGAUAAUGCCAGUAAGAAAAUCAUUGGAAAGAACACUAAUGGCAAACUCAAUGGUGUUUCAGGGGGUGAUGUUUAUCCCGUUGACUCUGAUGAUGACUUCUAUCGUCAAAUUCUCGAUGCCCACUGGGGUGUUCUCUAUGGUGAAGAUUCAAGUGGGUUACAAUCGCACACACUGUCCAUGCUCGUAAACAAUUCUCCUGGAGUACUGAACUUGAUGACAGGUGUCAUAUCCCGAAGAGGUUACAAUGUUCAGAGUCUAGCUGUAGGUCCUGCAGAAACGGAAGGCAUUUCGCGCAUAACCACUGUUGUUCCCGGAACAGACGACAGCAUUGGAAAAUUAGUUCAGCAAUUAUAUAAGUUGAUGGAUGUUCAUGAGGUUCAAGUUCUGACACACUCGCCAUUUGCUGAGAGGGAACUCAUGCUUAUUAAGAUUGCUGCAAAUGCUGCUGCAAGAAGGGAUGUGCUUGAUAUCGCCAACAUUUUCCGGGCUAAGCCUGUUGAUGUCUCUGAUCACACAGUAACAUUAGAGGUGACCGGAGAUUUCAACAAAAUGCUCGCGCUCCAAAGACUAUUGGAGCCUUUUGGUAUUUGUGAGGUGGCACGGACAGGGAGGGUGGCAUUGUCACGGGAGUCAGGCGUGGAUUCGAGAUACCUUAGAGGAUACUCAAUUCCCUUGUAGCAUAUCAAAAACAAAACUCUCUCGCCGCAGUGUGUUGUGUUUGUUUGUUCUUUUACAUUAAACUAGUAUCACCCCUCCCUGUGCUAUAUUAAUAUAUUUUUAAAACAUUCAUUUUUAAUUUUAAAUUAA